AUGGGUAUUAAGAAAAUAGAUUGGCCAGCUUCCUCACCUGACUUCAACCCUAUCGAGAUUGCUUGGAAUAUGAUUAGAAAGAAGAUAUCAGAUAGAAGACCAUUUCCUUUUACCAAAGAGGCGGCAAAGAGAGCCUGGAUAGUGGAAUGGAAUGCUAUUCCUAUGGAGAAGACAAACCAUCUCAUUGAGGAGAUCAAUAGCAGAUCAAGAGAAUGUGAGAGGCAGAAAGGGAAGAAUUUAUCCCCAGGUUAA